UGGCGGUAGCACCGCAAUAACAUAUAAACCGCCAAAGAAGAAGUCACCGUGUGAAGGGCGGGGCUUCAUUGGAGGCAAAUUUCUGUAAAAGGGGAGUCGUUGUUUGUAGUUGAAUCGAGAACGGAAUACAAACAAUUUAACUGUGAAAAGGACAAAAUUAGCAAGGAGAGCAGCAAACAUGGAUGCAGGUGAAGAUCAAAACACAGGCACCAACAGUGGAACUCCUCAGACCAGUGGGAACUCCCGUGCUCCCCAGAUCGCCCACAUGUCUCUAUAUGAGAGACAGGCUGUACAGGCUUUGCAAGCAUUGCAGAGGCGGCCGGAUGCAGCACAGUACUUCCAGCAGCUUAUGCUGCAGCAACAGAUCAACAAUGCACAGCUGCAGAACCUGGCUGCUGUGCAACAGGCCACACUUGCAGCUAGUCGCCAUUCUAAUACACCAAGUAACAGCAUGUCUCAGGCGCCCACCACUGUCAACCUAAGCACCACAUCUGCAGCAGGGACGAUGACUAAUCCCCGCCCCCAUGGCCCAGCCACCUCUGCCACAACUACAGCUCUCAACCAGUCAGUGCUGCUUGGUGGAAAUUCAGCAGGACAGGGGCAGAUGUAUCUUAGAGUCAACCGCUCUCUGAGAACUCCAAUUGCUUCUCAGCUCAUCUUCAUGCCUGGUGGUACAGCAACAGCUACCGUAGCAACAGUUGCCCAGGCGCAGCCUCAGCAGCAGCAACAGCAGGAAGUUGCUCCUAACACUGCGAGUUCCCAAGCUGACACUGAUCAGGUGCAGAACCUCGCUCUUCAUUGCACUACCUCUCCCAGAGCAGUUGCUGUUAAGUCUGAGCUUCCAGAGAGGAAAGAUGCUGCCAGCUUUCCUCUCAGUCAGCAGCAGCAGGCUUUCCCUCAGACAGCUCAGCAGCAGCAAGUGCAACCGCAACAACAAAUGGCCAAACCCAAUUUCACGCAACAAACCACUGCCAACACAAUGACUGUGAAGUCUGGAAACCAGGCUGCCAUGACUGUUACUCCUGCUGUCUCUGUAGCUCCCUCCUCCGCCUCAUCACCAGCACUCCCUCUCUCCCAACUUCUCCUCACUCCCUCUGCUGCCCCUGUCAUCCUGGUUCCCACCUCAAGUGUUCCUACCUCCACCCAGGGCUACCCCAUCGCCUCAUUGACCCCGAAGCCUAAUGUCAACACGCAGACCCUGGUGGUGCAGCCGCUGCAGCAGGCCACCAAUACUGCAGAGAAAAUUCCUGUGCCCAUCCAGCCCAAGACAGCUCAGGGACACCGUUUACCUGUGCAGCUGCCUCCCAGACACCCGCCUCCCAUUCUACCAGCUCCACCUAACAACAGCCAGGCUACCGCUGGGGGUCACAACCCUCCACACAUCCCUGUCCAGCUGGUGGGGGCCAGACAGGGCUUAGCAGGGAAUACACAGACUGUGGCUUUGGCACAGGCCCGGAGCAGCACAGUGCAGGAAAAUUCACUUGGUGGAAAUAUUAACGUAGCCUCCAACAACAGCACAAUGAAUCAGACAAAGCCUGUCAUCGGUUCCCUUAAAAGGAAAUCGGACAGUGAUGCUCAAAAUGAAAUGGUAACAGAAACUUCUAACUCUGCUUCCAUGAAAGACGCAGCCCCCCCCUUGUCUCCUGCUCCCACAAAGGACUCUGCAGCUCCUCCAGCAGCUGCUGCCUUCUCGUCUCCACCCACUCUGUCCUUGCCUUUACCCUUGUCAAGACUCGGGCACGGGGACAAAGACAAAGCGCCUGUCCCCCAGGCAGUGGUCAAACCCCAAGUCCUCACCCACCUCAUAGAAGGCUUCGUCAUCCAGGAGGGAGCUGAGCCUUUUCCUGUUGCCGGACUCCUCAAAGACAGAGAUUUUGCCCUGGUUGGCCGCACAGAAAAUGGUCCUCCAAUGUUGAAAUGCGAGUACUGUGGAAGCCUUGCCCCCGCCAGCCAGUUCAGAGGAUCCAAGAGGUUCUGCACAAAUACUUGCGCUAAAAGGUACAAUGUGAGCUGCAGCCAACACUUUAAGACAAGUAGAGGGAGAAGUGGUGUGGGGCUGACAUCACCUCCAGCACCCACUGAGAGCAAUAGUAAGCGUAGAGGACCAGGUCGCAGGAGCAAUUCCAGUACGACCUGUAAUAAAAUAGCAAACAGGCCUGUGCCUGUUAAGUGCCACUCUGAGUCCAGUCGCUCAGAGGAUGUAUCCAGCGAUGGUGAAGAUGACUCUCCUUCACUCUCCCCGAGCUCUUCACACUCGUGCUCCAGAGCUGAACACAGUGCUCCUCUGUCUGACAGCUCUGCCCCUGGUAGCCUCCCACCAGAAGGGGCCAACUUCCUCUCUGCUACGCCCGCUCAGUGGAGUGUGGAAGAAGUCUGCCGGUUCAUUUCUUCACUUCAAGGCUGUGAGGAGCUGGCUGCCCAGUUUCUGUCACAGGAAAUAGACGGGCAGGCUCUGCUGCUUCUGCGAGAGGACCACCUCAUAUCCACUAUGAACAUCAAACUGGGUCCUGCUCUCAAGAUCUGUGCCUCUAUCAACAGCCUGCGUGAGUGAGGCAAUCAGUGCUUCUGAGCGGCCACCAGGGGGUGUAUCCUCCGAACAAAACAUGGACCUGUUCCUCUGCUCGCGAUGAGACAGCGGCGAUAUUGUCCUCUACGAAACAACGGUGCUUCAUUGAUGAUGUGGAGAUGGAUGGUUUACUUCUUGAAUUCUGAAUGUUAAAGGAAUAUGUUGUGUGCAUGCAUGAAUGGUGAUGGACAGUCAGUAGUGUUCGCCAGUCGUUCUAUUUCUUUAUGACUAGACAUCUUUUGGUGUGUAUCCUCCUGAGGAACUGUGCAGCUCUGCAGUAACCAGUGCUAGUUCUCCUAGCUAGGACCGUUCACCUGUUGCGUUGACAAAAGAAACGUUGCCUUCAUGCUGUACUUCAAAUGGUGCUUUGACUUUAGUAAUAUGCUUUGGACAACUUCAUUUAUAUUUGUCAGUUUUUUUAGUAGUAUUUUUAUACUUUUUUUUUUUUUACCAUAGAUUGUCAGUCCAGGCUUCGAACCCACCAAGCUUAGAACACUCAGAAAGCCUGGUAUUAGUUCAUUUUACCAGUUAUUAAAAGUUUAGUUUUUUAUCUUUUCCAUUUUGUACUACAAUCAGAAAUAUUUUUUCAAUACAAUAUAGCUUUAGGAGCUUUAAUCAACCUAACUACCUGAAAAAGGUAUUUCUGGUAGUGAGAGUGCUCUGUGUACAUGUAUGCAGUACUACCAAUAAACGAUACCUGUUACUGGAA